GCGGCGGCGGCGGCGGCGGCCACGACCACGACCACGACCACGGUCACUCACGCACGCACGCUCACACUCGCACACUCCCGGCGCGGGCACCCGGCUGUCCGGCGCGUGUAAGAGGAGCGCGUCGAGGGAAAGAAGGGCUGAAGCCGCCGCGCGCCCGCCCGCCCGCCGCGCCUCCCGUUGACCACUCCCCCUCCUGCCCCCUCCACGCUCCUCACCCCGCGCUCCGGCCGCCGCCGGUGUGGGUGCUCCGCUACCGGCUCCUCUCUGUUCUGUCCUCUCUUCUGCUCUCGGCUCCCCACCCCCUCUCCCUUCCCUCCCCUCCCCUUGCCUCCCCUCCUCUGCAGCGCCUGCAUUAUUUUCUGCCCGCAGGCUCGGCUUGAACUGCUGCUGCAGCCGGGGGAGGGCUGGUAACUUGUUGUGCGGAGCGAACGGCGGCGGCGGCGGCGGCGGCGGCGGCACCAUCCAGGCGGGCACCAUGGGCACGUCCGCGCGCUGGGCGCUCUGGCUGCUGCUCGCGCUGUGCUGGGCGCCCCGGGAGAGCUGCGCCACCGGAACCGGGAGAAAAGCCAAAUGUGAACCGUCCCAAUUCCAGUGCACAAAUGGUCGCUGUAUUACGCUGUUGUGGAAAUGUGAUGGGGAUGAAGACUGUGUUGACGGCAGUGAUGAAAAGAACUGUGUAAAGAAGACGUGUGCUGAAUCUGACUUUGUGUGCAACAAUGGCCAGUGUGUUCCCAGCCGAUGGAAGUGUGAUGGAGAUCCUGACUGUGAAGAUGGUUCAGAUGAAAGCCCAGAACAGUGCCAUAUGAGAACAUGCCGCAUAAAUGAAAUCAGCUGUGGCGCCCAUUCUACUCAGUGUAUCCCAGUGUCCUGGAGAUGUGAUGGUGAAAAUGAUUGUGACAGUGGAGAAGAUGAAGAAAACUGUGGCAAUAUAACAUGUAGUCCCAAUGAGUUCACCUGCUCCAGUGGCCGCUGCAUCUCCAGGAACUUUGUAUGCAAUGGCCAGGAUGACUGCAGCGAUGGCAGUGAUGAGCUGGACUGUGCCCCACCAACCUGUGGCGCCCAUGAGUUCCAGUGCAGCACCUCCUCCUGCAUCCCCAUCAGCUGGGUAUGCGACGAUGAUGCAGACUGUUCUGACCAAUCUGAUGAGUCCCUGGAGCAGUGUGGCCGCCAGCCAGUUAUACACACCAAGUGUCCAGCCAGCGAAAUCCAGUGCGGCUCUGGCGAGUGCAUCCAUAAGAAGUGGCGAUGUGACGGGGACCCUGACUGCAGGGACGGCAGUGAUGAGGUCAACUGUCCCUCUCGAACUUGCCGACCUGACCAAUUUGAAUGUGAGGAUGGCAGCUGCAUCCAUGGCAGCAGGCAGUGUAAUGGUAUCCGAGACUGUGUCGAUGGUUCUGAUGAAGUCAACUGCAAAAAUGUCAAUCAGUGCUUGGGCCCUGGAAAAUUCAAGUGCAGAAGUGGAGAAUGCAUAGAUAUCAGCAAAGUGUGUAACCAGGAGCAGGACUGCAGGGACUGGAGUGAUGAGCCCCUGAAAGAGUGUCAUAUAAAUGAAUGCUUGGUAAAUAAUGGUGGAUGUUCCCAUAUCUGCAAAGACCUAGUUAUAGGCUACGAGUGUGACUGUGCAGCUGGGUUUGAACUGAUAGAUAGGAAAACCUGUGGAGAUAUUGAUGAAUGCCAAAAUCCAGGAAUCUGCAGUCAAAUUUGCAUCAACUUAAAAGGCGGUUACAAGUGUGAAUGUAGUCGUGGCUAUCAAAUGGAUCUUGCUACUGGCGUGUGCAAGGCAGUAGGCAAAGAGCCAAGUCUGAUCUUCACUAAUCGAAGAGACAUCAGGAAGAUUGGCUUAGAGAGGAAAGAAUAUAUCCAACUAGUUGAACAGCUAAGAAACACUGUGGCUCUCGAUGCUGACAUUGCUGCUCAGAAACUCUUCUGGGCUGAUCUAAGCCAAAAGGCUAUCUUCAGUGCCUCAAUUGAUGACAAGGUUGGUAGACAUGUUAAAAUGAUCGACAAUGUCUAUAAUCCUGCAGCCAUUGCUGUUGAUUGGGUGUACAAGACCAUCUACUGGACUGAUGCGGCUUCUAAGACUAUUUCAGUAGCUACCCUAGAUGGAACCAAGAGGAAGUUCCUGUUUAACUCUGACUUGCGAGAGCCUGCGUCCAUAGCUGUGGACCCACUGUCGGGCUUUGUUUACUGGUCAGACUGGGGUGAACCAGCUAAAAUAGAAAAAGCAGGAAUGAAUGGAUUCGAUAGACGUCCACUGGUGACAGUGGAUAUCCAGUGGCCUAACGGAAUUACACUAGACCUUAUAAAAAGCCGCCUCUAUUGGCUUGAUUCUAAAUUGCACAUGUUAUCCAGCGUGGACUUGAAUGGCCAAGAUCGUAGGAUAGUACUGGAGUCACUGGAGUUCCUAGCUCAUCCUCUUGCACUAACAAUAUUUGAGGAUCGUGUCUACUGGAUAGAUGGGGAAAAUGAAGCAGUCUAUGGUGCCAGUAAAUUCACUGGAUCAGAGCUAGCCACUCUAGUCAACAACCUGAAUGAUGCCCAAGACAUCAUUGUCUAUCAUGAACUUGUGCAGCCAUCAGGUAAAAAUUGGUGUGAAGAAGACAUGGAGAAUGGAGGAUGUGAAUACCUAUGCCUGCCAGCACCACAGUUUAAUGAUCAUUCUCCAAAAUAUACCUGUUCCUGUCCCAAUGGGUACAAUCUAGAGGAAAAUGGCCGAGACUGCCAAAGUACUGCAACUACUGUGACUUACAGUGAGACAAAAGAUACGAACACAACAGAAAUGUCACCAACUAGUGGACUAGUUCCGAGAGGGAUCAAUGUGACCACAGCAGUAUCAGAGGUCAGUGUUCCCCCAAAAGGGACUUCUGCUGCGUGGGCCAUUCUUCCUCUCUUGCUCUUAGUGAUGGCAUCAGUAGGUGGCUACUUGAUGUGGCGGAAUUGGCAACACAAGAACAUGAAAAGCAUGAACUUUGACAAUCCUGUGUACUUGAAAACCACUGAAGAGGACCUCUCCAUAGACAUUGGUAGACACAGUGCUUCUGUUGGACACACGUACCCAGCAAUAUCAGUUGUAAGCACAGAUGAUGAUCUAGCUUGACUUCUGUGACAAGUCUUGACCUUUGAGGUCUAAACAAAUAAUACCCCCGUCGGAAUGGUAACCGAGCCAGCAGCUGAAGUCUCUUUCUUCCUCUCGGCUGGAAGAACAUCAAGAUACCUUUGCGUGGAUUAAGCUUGUGUACUUGACCAUUUUUAUAUUACUUUUGUAAAUAUUCUUGUCCACAUUCUACUUCAGCUUUGGAUGUGGUUACCAAGUAUCUGUAACCCUUGAAUUUCUAGACAGUAUUGCCACCUCUGGCCAAAUAUGCACUUUCCCUAGAAAGCCAUAUUCCAGCAAUGAAACUUGUGCUAUAGUGUAUACCACCUGUACAUACAUUGUAUAGGCCAUCUGUAAAUAUCCCAGAGAACAAUCACUAUUCUUAAGCACUUUGAAAAUAUUUCUAUGUAAAUUAUUGUAAACUUUUUCAAUGGUUGGGACAAUGGCAAUAGGAUAAAACGGGUUACUAAGAUGAAAUUGCCAAAAAAAUUUAUAAACUAAUUUUGUACGUAUGAAUGAAAUCUUUGACCUCCGUGGAGGUUUGCAAAGACUGUGUGUUCAAACUACUGUACAUUUUUUUCAAGUGCUAAAAAUUAAACCAAGCAGCUUAA